GAAAAACCAAGAAGACAGUGACUGCGAUUCAUCAGGACAAGGUCUCGGACAAAGACUCCCAUAAGCUGCUGGAGAUAAAAACUGAACUCAACACAAGUGAAGCAUGGUUUGAUGCUAAAGAAGACCUGAACCAACCAGAACCAGCAAAGGAAAAACCACAUUCAACCAAUGACAACAGUGAUGAAACUGAGGGGUCUUCUAAGGAGGAGAUGCAGUGUUCCAUUUUCUGUUUGCCUGAUGAUGUCACAGAGCGGGAUGUGAUGCUGUGGUUUAAGAAAUACUGUCCCUCUGAUGUAAUAAUGACAAAGAUGGGAAAUGAUUUAAGAGUUGCCGUGGUCUCUCUGCCAAAAAUCCACGCUGAAGCUGCUUUAAAGGAACUGAAGGGCUUCAAUGCAAAGGGACACCCGUUAAAACCCGAGUCCACUGAGCCAAAGUCGACAACGGCCGAACCCGGAACAACCGGCGAGGAGUCAGCGUCUGCUCUGUCUGGAAGCGCCAGCGACACGCACGGGAUGGUGAUCUCCAAGUCGCCCAGAGCAGGGGCCACGUUCGUGCCGCAGCACUUCGGCACUAUGGGCAGUUUCGACACCCUGAUGUCACAACUAAGAAAGCUGCACCCGUCAAUCAAGAGGGAGACGAUUGUUGAAGCACUGAUAGAGCUGAGGGCACAGCACCGGGGGCAUCUUAUUGGUCUGCCCCUCAGGAAAAUAAGGGAGCUGGCGUCAGAGUUGUUGACCAGGUCAGAGACGGACGCUAACGCAUGAGCCGGAAAUAGAUGUGUUAUGUUCAUGGCCAGUUAAUCUUUUUUUUUUUUUGUUCCUCAAAAGGUUUGUAAGAUCGUGUUCAAGAUUUCUAACCACAGAUUUAUAAUCACAAAAAAUAACUUGAGUUCUGAGCAAGUCACAGACUAGCAAAA